CCCCCCUUCCUUCUUCUUUUUUAAGUUAACAUCUUUAUCGAAAGUUCAGAAAGCACAUACCGUAAUUAUAUGUGCACUAAACAUGGCGAGACGUAAAUAAAAGAGAGAAAAAGAAUAAGAGAAACAGAAACAGAACCCAUGUAGAAGGGGGGGAACCCCCCCCCCCAAACUGUAUACUUUACUUCACCAGAUCUUAACCCAGGGGUCAGCAAACUUUUUCAGCAGGGGGCCGGUCCACUGUCCCUCAGACCUUGUGGGAGGCCAGACUAUAUUUUUUUUUUGGGGGGGGGAUGAAUGAAUUCCUAUGCCCCACAAAUAACCCAGAGAUGCAUUUUAAAUAGAAGGACACAUUCUACUCAUGUGAAAACACGCAGAUUCCCGAACCGUAUGUGGGCCGGAUUUAGAAGGCGAUUGGGCCGCAUCCUAUUGCCUAACCAUGUCUUAACCUAUUACAGUAUACUGUAUGUAAGAAUGGAUCCCAAAUAUCAUUGAAUAUGUCCAUGACAAAUUUAUCUGCAGAUUGUUCAUAUGCUGCGAGUUUGUACAGUCAUGACCUCGGUUUGCGACUGCAAUCUGUUCCAGGGAGUCGGUCGCUCCCCGAAUCGGUCGCUUCCCCGAUGCACGCUUUUGCGCAGAUCGCUUCUGCGCAUCCGAGCGCCACAGAACCCGGAUGUAAACACUUCUGGGUCUGCGGUGGUCGGAAACCGAAGCGGUCGCAAAUGGAGGCAGUCGCAAACCAAGGUUUGACUGUACCGGUAUAAGUCUUCAAUCCAGUCGUAGGAGGAACCACGUUUUUAUUUUUCCAGUUCACCGGUAUCAGUCUUUUUGUUGUGGUAAGCACAUGGAGAGUCCACUCGUAUUGUCCUUUCGUAGGGUUCCAUGUGCUGGGUAUAUAAUUCAAGAGGAUAUUUUGUGCUGUAAAUGUAAGGUUGUUCCGUACAGUUUUGUUGAUGGUUUCAGUUACUGUAUCUUCUGAUCUUUUGGCUCCCCUUUCCGGAUGGCUCACCUACCUUCUUGCUCAAGUCCAACCCGUGCAAGUUUCCGGAGCUUUGUAAGCAAUAAAGGGUGACCUUUUUUCUCGCAGCCUUCCCAGGUUCGGGGCCCAGACUGCCAUUGGACAACUACAGGGGCCAUUCAAGACACCAGCUGGCUUUAUGUACAACAGCAAACGUCAGCUUACAGUGUAAAAAAAAGGGACAGUGAUACACUGGGACUGCUGGCUAAAGAGAAGGAGGACAAGAGAGAGGCAUACUUGUGGAAUCGGCAUGCUGCCUUAUCUCCAGGCUGCAGAGAGAGAGACGGGAGAGGCACUGAUUGAGGCUGUGUGGCUCCUCGCUGUGCUCUGAAAGGACUUCCUUGUUGUUUUGGACGCACACUUUGAACUGGGGCUAGAAUUCAAGAAUGGCACAGGUUCUGCACAUGGAGACCACUGCUUUCCCAGGGAAGGCCAAUCCUGCCUCUGCUAUGGCCUUCCAUGGGAAGGAGCAGGACUUGCCCUAUUCCGUGGAAACUCCCUAUGGCUACCGCCUGGACCUGGACUUCCUCAAAUACGUGGAUGACAUUGAGAAGGGCCACACCAUCAAGCGCAUUCCAGUCCACCGCCGGCCACGCUACAGCUCCCUGCCAAGAGGCUAUGGUUACACCGGCUCAUGGUGGACCUCCACCGAGUCCCUCUGCUCCAAUGCCAGCAUGGAUAGCCGCCACUCCUCCUAUUCCUACUGUGGGCGCAGCUUCUACCCACAGUACGCCACACCCGGCAACUUCAAUGCCCGCGUGGAGAAGACCUUGCUGGAUGCCAGGAAGAAGCUAGAAGACCAGGCGGAUUCUGGAGAUGGAGAAAGGACCAGGGCAGGGGGUCUUGGGAGCCUCCACAGCAGCGUAUCUGGAUCAACAAGCUCCUUGGUGGGAAGCCAGUGCCUUUCCCGCCAGACUUCCUACAACGGCUCACAGCAAGGCGCCCCUGGGCAGUUCACACCCAUCGGCUCAGGACUCUCCACCCCAGUCUCCCCAACGCCAGGGCACCUCCAGCAUGUCCGGGAACAGAUGGCCGUAGCCUUGAAGAAGCUGCGCCAGUUGGAGGAGCAGGUCAAGAUGAUCCCAGUGCUGCAGGUGAAGAUCUCGGUGCUGCAGGAGGAGAAGAGGCAGCUGAGUGUCCAGCUCAAGAGCCAGAAGUUUUUGGGGCACCCGGGGGGGUUCGGCAAGGGAAAAUCCAGGGGGGAGCUCUACAUAGAUAUCCCCGAGGAGGGGGCUGGUGGAAAUGAGGAGGGCAGCGCGGGGCCUGAUGCAGGAGGCAGGCUGGACAAGAAGGAAGUGAGGUCAGUGGGUGUGGGCAUGUCAGCCGAAGAGGCAGAGGUGGGGAGGUGCGAUGUUGGGGUGGCGGUCAAGGAGGAGGAGUUGGGGUUGCCUUCCCCGGAGGAGGAGAGCCAGCGCCAGGCUGUUCAGGCCCUGUCCACCAAGAUUGCCGUGCUAGAGAUGCAGCUGAAGAGGGCGCUCCAAGAACUUCAAGCCGCCCAACAGAAACUGGAGCUGCAGGGCAAGGAGAAGGAGGGCAAAGGAACGUCCGGUGGUGGCCUGAGAGAAUGGGAAGUAGGGGGAGAGGGUCCGGGGCAAGGGGGCGGCGGAGAGUUUCAGAGGCCCCAGGAAGUCCCCAUUCGGGUGGAUACGGUCAAGGUUGUCCAAGUGGAAAGGGAGCCAGAGGUCGCUGCCAGCACAGCCACAGGGCUGGACCACAGGCCGCAGAGGGCACAGAGCUUGGAGAACAAGGAAUCCUAUGCCAGCCUCAAAGCUUUGGCAGGCAAAGACGUGGGGUCGGAAGAAGCGAUGGUGCCGCUCUAUGCCACAUACCGCAGCAACGAGGUGAUGGAGACCACGUUCCCGGUCCAUGCUGGUGUAGAGAGCGCAGCUACCACCUUCCACACCGUGAGAAAGAUCAGCAUCAUUGGCACAGAGGGGAAUGGACAGCAGGAUACAGCAGAACUUCAUGGGUCAUUAGAGAAAUCAGUUCCUGACUCCCUCCAGACAGAGCAAGUGGCUCCCUGCAUAUCCCAGGAGCCUCAACGAGAGUCACGAAAUGAGGGAGAGGACCAAGCUUCAUUCGCAGGAGGGAUUCGGUCGAUCAUGAAGAAGAAGGAGGAUCCUACAGAGCUUCUGGCCAACAAGAAGAGCCUGCAGUUUGUUGGUGUCAAUGGCGGGUAUGAGUCCACCUCCUCUGAGGACUCCAGCACAGCUGAGAACGUCUCGGACAAUGAAAGCACCGAGAGCGAAUACCACGAGGCGAGCGAGGGGCUCCCUGCAGCGCAGGCAAUGGCAGCGGAGCCCCCGAAGCUGCCCGGAACAGCCGCAGCCGUAUCUCGCCCUGGAGUCUCUGCCGAGAGCGGGGAGAUGCCAGCAGCAGAAAGUCCCAGCAAGGAGCCGCCAGGCAAAACAGGGACAGGACUCAGCAAGGAGCUGCUUUCAGCUUGCGAAGUCCUUCAGAAAUACCUGGAGAGCCCCAAUGAGCACAUGGAUGAAGAAAUGAAAUUGGCCUAUACUGCCGUGCUCCACUAUUGGCUGAGGCUUUCCUGCCACAAAGAAGCGGAUCCAGAAUUGGUCUCACAGCACUUGGCUGCCUUCCGGUCCAUCUCCCCACACUUGCUGGAAUUUGUCAUCAAUAUGGCCGACGCCAACGGCAACACGGCCCUCCACUACACUGUCUCGCAUUCCAACUUCCCAGUGGUCACAAAGCUUCUUGAAACAGGUUUGUGCCAUGUGGACCAACAGAACAAAGCCGGCUAUACGGCCAUCAUGCUGACGGCACUGGCUGCUUCCCGCUCAGAGAGUGAUAUGGACACAAUUGUGCAGCUGCUGAAAAUGGGCAACGUAAAUGCCAAAGCCAGCCAGGCUGGGCAAACUGCACUGAUGUUGGCCGUCAGCCACGGGCGUCUGGACAUGGUUCGUGCCUUGCUAGCUAGCGCAGCGGAUGUCAACUUGCAAGAUGACGACGGUUCCACAGCGCUAAUGUGCGCCUGUGAACAUGGCCAUGCUGAGAUCGUCCGCCUGCUCUUGGCCACACCUGGCUGUGAUGUUGCCCUCUCCGAUAACGAUGGCAGCACAGCUCUUUCCAUCGCAGUGGAAGCAGGCCAGAAUGACAUUGCCAUCAUGCUGUAUGCUCACCUGAACUUUGCCAAAGCCUCGUCUCUGGGGACCCCCAAACAGUCCAAAGAUGAGAACACAGCAACUAUGUCCGGUGAUGCUCAGUAACACAAAACGAGGCGGUUUCCUGUCUGUCUACACUUUCCUUUGAAAAAAUACCUGAGAACUUGUCAAGGACCGCGGAACCUAAACAGCCAACGCUGCGUAAUGUAAGCAUGUAAAUCAUCCAAGAAACGUCUGUUCUCGGCCUCCCUCAACCCCUUCCAUCAACCGGGAUCUCUCUCAUCAGCUACAUUCAGUGGACUGGUUGGCCUUCCAGGAGAAAGAGCUCCCCCUACAGUUUCCAGGUGGCUGCUUCAGCUGCAAUUCAGCUAGCUAUUGAGCCAAAGAGGAGGAAUCGGCGAAGGACCUCUGGAUACAGCUUCUCAACCAACUUGGCAUGGCUUAAAUGCUUUCUUGCUUUCUAGAGGCAUGUUUCCCUCUCCGCCCCGCUUUCACCCAAGUCCAUUGCAGGAGUAAAAGACUCUGCAAGGCGAGAGAUGUACAAGGCAAUGAGAGACCACUGGCGGGAGGCAGCUGCCAUCUUAUUAGCCUGAGUUUGGGAGUUAUGGAGAAUCCUUCUGUCUUCUGUAGAGCGACAGAGUGGAUGCCAGACAUAGGCUUCUGCAGUGCUCUUCUGGAACAAUCUUUGUCUCUGCUCCUCCUCUCAUUGUAAAAUGGGACUUAAUGUAUUUUUAAGAGGCCUGCCUAAAGCAACUCCACACAGAAUCCAUUUCCCUUUUCUCUUUUCCAAGACAAGAAAUCCGUCCUUAAACACGACAUUACUUGAAAAAAAAUUUGGGGGGAGGCCACACUUUGUGAAACAGGGCCCUGUUUUGAAUCAAUGUUUCUUCAUUUUGGGAGGAGUUUCUACGUGUGUGUAUUAUUGUAAUACAAACAACGUUGCAAUGGAACUAAAAUGAGUAUUUGACACAAAGGUUCGAAUGAGUUGAAUUUUGCAAAUUUGGCAAAAUGUGAAUUCUCACUGAGUUCGGCAACUUGGUAAGGGAGCAAUAGUAUAUUUUCUAUGGGUGGGGUGGAGUACAUGGGAUUAGAUUUCUCUCCAAAAUGAUAACCAUUAAUUGGCCAGGCUGAAGGUUAUUUCUUCUGCACAAGGAAAUGUUGUGGCUGAAUUCUGAUGGACUCUUGCACAGCUCCAGUUAAACAGCGUUUGCACAGGAGAUAUUCUCCCAGUGAACUAUAUUCUCCCUUUGCCCAGAGUGCUAAUCAAUUCUCCUUGUCAGUUACUCUCUACAAUCUGAUUUACUGAUGUUGGAUGACUGGGAUCUGAGGAAAAUAUCGAACUGAUAUUAUUUGCCUAAAAAUAUCGAAAUAAUGCAGUUCUAAUUAGGCAAACUCAAACAGUUUCCCUCUUUGGGGUUGCCCGAAGCACCAAAUUCAUUCAUGGAUGCUAUGCAAGUUGAAAAAGCCCUCUUCACUUAUUAUUUGUAGUUUUAAUACCAAAAUUUAUGUCUGUCUCUCCUAACAACCAAUGAUCAGUAGGGGAGGGAGGAAAGUAUAAUAAUUAAGAUAAACCAUAGUGGUUUUUGGUGUUUUUUCAAUGCCAAUAAUUUGAAAUAGUAAAAGGGUACAACCUAUUUUUAUAUAAAUAUAAAUAUAUAUAUAUAUUAAUAUACACCAAGAAAGCAACUAUAUAAAUUAUUUUAGUGCACAGAAUUUUUAAAGGAAUUCUAGAGGAGACGACGUCCAAAAUGUUGAGGUGGGUUGUGACUGGCUGGGCGAAGGACUACUGUCUGAAGCUGCAAAUCUGCCGGUUGAUAUAUUUGCACAGUCUCUAUUCUGCCUUGUGUAACAGCCAUUAGACACUAGUUGGGCUUGAAAACAGAUGUUUAUUUGGAGCCAGUUGGCUCUUGUGUUGCUUUGAAUGCACAGGCAGAACAAGUCUUUUUUCCUGGCAAUGGUUUUCCGUCGCUGCCCCCAAAGCAGACAUUUUGAACGGGCAAGGGGAGUCUUUAGAAAACUGUAUGUCUUUAGGAGUGCGUUUGGAACUUGUACUUUGGAUAUCGCCUCGGACAAAUGUAAUCACUUUUAGGAUUGUCAUAUGAUGAUAUUUCUACACUUUUAAAGGAAGUUAAGGUCAUUUAUAGCCAUAAUAAACAUAAAAUGAUCAGAUGCGACUCUUUCUGUUUCUAGGGGUGUUGUUAAAGGGCUGUUCCGUUAUGCAGGCAUGGCCAAACUUGGCCCUCCAGAUGUUUUGGGACUACAACUCCCACCAUCCCUAGCUAACAGGACCAGUGGUCAGGGAUGAUGGGAAUUGUAGUCCCAAAACAGCUGGAGGGCCAAUUUUGGCCAUGCCUGCCUUAUAGCAACUUGAGAGAGAGAAAAAUCUGUAAUAUUGCCAUAACUUUUUUUCCCUGCACAUACAAGUAUGAUUUUUCACAGAGGAGCAGAUUAACUCAAGGAAAAACCUGAGUAACCUUUGGUAGGUCGCUACAAAAAUUGCCUAUCUCAGAUCCCUUUUGUUCUCUUCUUUAUCGACUCAGUGAAAGCAGAACGAAAUUUUAGCAUUGAUAAAAAGAUUGCAUAUGAAUUUGUAACCUUUAAUAAGUUUAUCGAACUAUGGAAUUAAUGAAGACAUUCACGCAGAACAUUCACAGGGGAACCAUAGCUAUUUUAUAACAUCACACUAUAUGCAAAUAUUCAGAGCAAAUAUUCUUUCGGAUGCAAACUUAUCAGUUAUAUCAUUAAAAUCAGUAAGCUCCAGUUUAUCGUUUUCUAUGCAGAGAAUGUUUAGAUCAGACAAUCAACCUAUCUUGGGACAUUGUUGACCGUAGAUUAUUCUUUAGUCUAGAAAACCAUUGUUUGCCAGUACAGUUUGUAAGCUUUAAAUCAGGCAUCCCCAAACUUUGGCCCUCCAGAUGUUUUGGAAGACAAUUCCCAUCAUCCCUGACCAUUGGUCCGUCCUCUUAGCUAGGGAUCAUGGGAGUUGUAGGCCAAAACAUCUGGAGGGCCGCAGUUUGGGGAUGCCUGCUUUAAAUGCAGGAACUAUAUAAAAAAUUGUUUCCUCGUUUGGAAAAGCUGCCUAAAUUUUCACCUCGAAUAUUAUUUGAUACGCAUCUUGGUGGCUGAAAUUUUCUGUGUCAGAGUGAGCUUGUUUGACGAACUUUACUAAACAGUAAGUACAUGCUUGUGUAAUUGUUACAUGGCCGUAGACUCAUACGUCACCUGUUUGUUACUAAGCAACUGAGCCUAGAUAGUAAAAUCUGCCUGUUUUUAAAAUUGUUUUUGGCAAGAGGCUGAGGUUACCCUAGAUCAGACAUCCCCAAACUUCGGCCCUCCAGAUGUUUUGGACUACAAUUCCCAUCUUCCCCAACCACUGGUUCUGUUAGCUAGGGAUCAUGGGAGUUGUAGGCCAAAACAUCUGGAGGGCCGCAGUUUGGGGAUGCCUGCCCUAGAUUAUGAGGUCCUGGGUGCAGCCUGCUCAGCCCGUAUGUAAAUCCAGCACUGACCACCAGUGGCAUAGCAUGGGUUGCCCAGGGCCAUGCAGAGGGGGCGAGGGAUGGAGGAAAACCGACAAUUUUGUACCCGGGACAACUGACUCUUGUGUCGUCCCCCCACACUAUGCCACUGCUGACCAUGGCAACAGACACAGUCUACUCUCCCCAUUUCGCUAGUGUAAAAGAGCUGUCAAUGGGGCCCAGUUUUCUUGUGCAAUUUCACUUGGUUUCACCUAAGGCAGUGCCACCUCCCAGGUGAGGGGGAGAGUAGGUGACAGUGGGAGCACCAAUGGAAAGUGAAAUGCCAAAAUCCCCUCCCCUUUCAUUCUGCCAUUGGUGUGGCUCCCCCAGCAGCAUUCUCUUGGCCUGGCACCCAGUGCGGGCAACCCAGUUGUGCUUCCCUAAAUGUGCUGAUUAUUAUUAUUAUUAAUAAUAAUAAUUUAUUAUUUAUACCUUGCCCAUCUGGCUUAUUUCCUUGACAUCUGACGGGAGGAUGUGCCACUACCGAGAAGGCCCUCUGCCUGGUUCCCUGUAACUUGGCUUCUCGCAGCCAAAAGGCCCUCGGUGCUGGACCUCAGUGUCCGGGCAGAAUGAUGGAGGUGGAGACACUCCUUCAGGUAUACUGGGCCAAGGCCGUUUAGGGCUUUUAAGGGCAACACCUUUAAAUUUAAGAGCUGAAAGAAAUACACUCUCCCUCCCCCCCCCAUCCCCAAACCCACCCUAAUUGUUGCGGAAGAAUCUGGGAAGGGAAACAGCUUCCCUCAUUUUAAAAAGCUAACAAGCUUCUAAUAGCCACUUUGGGCAAUCGGCUUAAGCAGUGAUUAUGCUCCUGUGGUCUAGGGCUUAAGCGGCUAAUCGGCUGCUCUUGAGUCUUAAGGAGCUGGCUCCAGGCUUUGGCAGCAGCUGAAUAAAAGUGAAUCGGCCCACUGCGGCCUUUGCAUUCUGCCUGCCCGCAGGCAACUUGGCUCUGAAGACUGGGGGACUGGUGCUGUUCCCUGAGAGAAGGAAAGCCAGCCUGGACAGGCGAGGCCAUUCAUCAGGAAGCUGUUCUGUGCAGAAGUCAAGAGACAAGCAGUGUGGCAGACCGCCUGACAGCAAGACGACCUGCAAUUUUUUUUUUAUUUUUUUUUGCGGCGGCAGCACAAGUCUCUGGGUGGGGUAAGUGUACAGCCAAGAAAGACCUUUUUUAAAAAAGAAAGGAAAAGAAAUAAGAGGGUAUUGUGGGCAACAUCCUCCAUUCUUUCAAUAUAUUGAUUGAUAUUGAAAUACAAAAAUGCAGGUGAAACUCGGAAAAUUAGAAUAUCGUCAAAAAGUGCAUUUAUUUCAGUAACGCAUUUUAAAAGGUGAAACCAAUAUAUGAGAUAGAUGCAUGACAUGCAAAGCAAGGUAUGUCAAGCCUUUAUUUGUUGCAACUGUAAUUUAUUUGUCGUUAGGCGGGUCAAUUAUAAAUGGAAUGUAAUUAAUGAAAUGUAAUAGCGUUGUUUAUUUUUGUAUUAUUGUAACUAUUUGUUUUAUUACUGUGGCAUUUCCAAAAGAAAGCAUUUGUAAAAAUUAAAAGAACAUUAAAAAAUAAAAAGUUGCAUUACUGAAAUAAAUGCACUUUGACGAUAUUCUAAUUUUCCGAGUUUCACCUGUACAUAAUCGUUUUAUAAUAUACUGAGAUAAAACUGUGUUCUUAUACUGUAGGCUAAAGUAGCUAAGUCAGAAGGAAGAGAAGUACAAGGAGAAACUUAACGAAAGAGGGGGGGGGAAUGGAAAAGAAAAAGGAAAAUCUAAAAGAUACAGAAGAAAAAAUAAUAAAAGGACCAGCCUGCAGCUAUAUAUGAUAUUCAUUCCUUAAGAUCCAACCAUUCUAUCAUCUAUAAACCAGUAUUUUAUCAGUCUUCAAAUCCAGGUGACAGGCAGUUAAGAGGCAAAAGUGGGUGGGGACACCCCUCCUAUUUUUAAAUGAUCAUAAACACUCGCCCCUUCCUCCCAGGGCCCAAACCUUUGGUGGGAUACUUUAUUGAAAAGCAUUCUGAAAGUACACUGGAUCACAAAUUGGCGUGGCAACAAGCAAGCAACCCCACCAUUAAUAAC